AACACACCGCCUGCCGCUGCCAUUUACCGUUGACUCUCACAGUUGCCGCCUUGCGACUGGCAAAGCGUACCACCCGCCAUCAAAACUUCAGCUUUCAGAUCUCUGAUCGUUGAAGACUUGAUUUGUCUUCUUCUCUCCUGACGCAACACUUGAGCGCCAUUUCUCCCGAAUCCGACGACCACGUACACUUGCGCCAGACCAGGCUGUCAAGGGAUCCUGAUCGCGAACCGCGUCAGACUUUUGCCGAGAUAAUCCCAGCAACUAGCACGAGAUGGCGCUCUGCCAGAACAGACUCCAGGAGGAGAGAAAGGCGUGGCGGAAGGACCACCCCUUCGGCUUCUACGCAAGGCCAGCUCGCACACCUAAUGGAACGCUUGAUCUGAAGGUGUGGGACUGCGGUAUCCCCGGAAAAGAGAAGACAAUGUGGGAGAAGGGUCUAUUCAAGCUGACCAUAACGUUCCCUGAUGAGUACCCUACGAAACCGCCGAAGUGCAAGUUCGUUCCUCCGCUUUUCCAUCCCAACGUCUACCCCUCCGGAACCGUUUGUUUAUCGAUUCUCAACGAGGAGGAGGCUUGGAAGCCCGCGAUCACUGUGAAGCAGAUCCUACUCGGUAUCCAAGAGCUGCUGAAUACUCCCAACCCGGAAUCGCCAGCCCAGGCCGAGGCGUAUAGUCUCUUCAAGAAGGAUAAGAGCGAAUACGAGAAGAGAAUCCGGAGGGUUGUCAGGGAGAACCCAGCUCCCUGAUCGGAGUCGUCUCUGGAGGGACCUGGAGUGACACUGGGGCGAAGACUACGAACGUUGAUACGAUCAUCAUGCCAUAGGGAACGGAGUUGGAGGGAAUAUCAGGUUGGCUUUGCUUUACGUUGCUUGGGGCAUCCAGAGAUUACUGCUAUAGGCCGGAUCGGCAGCCUGAACGGCCAAUACAGACGUUGCUGCCAGACUGGUCGACAUUCUGAUAAUCAGCGUCGUGAUGAUAAUAACGCAAUAUUCAUUUACCUGUCGCCUCUC